GACAUCUAGUGGUAUUACAACAAAACAAGCAGUACCCAUUCAUCACCUUUUACACAAUUCCACAGAACUUAGAUUGAUCCAAAAUAUGAUUAGAACAGUCAAUUUGAAUUGUGUUCAUAACAACAUACAUUUCAUUUUCCCCCAAACCAAAUCAAGUACUACCAUAACUUGGAUCCAGUCUGAAAACACCACUGAAGCUUGCUUCUCUCCAGGUGUCCCUGAGCUGGGUUUGGUAUCAUUACAGUUCACCCUGCUGCCUGCUGCCCCUAAUCCUCUUAAUGAACUUACAGCCAGUCAGCAUGCAACUAAACCCUACCUGCCCUUUACUGCAGUGUCAUCCCCUGCCUUGCCUGCAGCACAUAAACCACACAGGAAAAGGCAGGUGACGACAACAACAAACUUACUUCUGUGCUCUUUAAGGGAUGAAAUGAUUCGGCAAAAAUUAGGGCAAGAGGAAUUUGGCAAAGCGGGGUUGCCCUGGCCAGAAGACCUGCUGACCUCCCAGGCUAAAAAUACCAUGACGCAUCUCUCCAGCCAGAACCUCCGACUUACGUCUAAAAAUGGUAAAACACCUGGUCGCCAUCUGUCAGCCGCACUGGGAGGGGAAGAAGAGGUGGCAGUGAUGGUGUCUCGGCUUACGUCUGGCUCUUCCAUGCUGCCCACACCGUGGGACUCCUCUCUCCAGGUCAGGUCCAGUUGUAUUGUGCCUGGCUCAUCCCCAGAGAUAGAGAAGGAAGGGAAGAAUCUGCCCCUUAGACGAGCUCUGAAGCUGGCCCCUUUGGCGCUGCCGAGGGAUGUGCAGGAGGCCCAGAAACAGAAGAUGAAGGCGAUCGGGCUAGAGGCCAAGGCUGCUGUAAAACUGGAUCAUCCGGUGGGGGACGAACACUGCCCCUGGAAGGUGAAGGCCUGUGGUGUGAGAGGAGAACAGCAGACUGGGCUGGGCAAGGGCCAGGGCAAGGGCCAGUGUAAGGGCCAGACAGCGUCUGUCUCCGUCCAGGCCCCUCGUCCCAGUCCCCUUCCCCUGACUGAAGCAUCACCCAGGGUCAAGCGCCAACAUAAGGUUUUAAGAGCGCAGCUCGCCCGUACUGACCAGAUCCAGAGACGGACAGGAGACAGACUCUCGGAGGAUGCUGAUACCAGCGUUAAUAACAGCGCCCCUCCACCUCCUCUUAGCAGCAAACCGGCACCUCCAUUUCUCUCCACCAACGCCAAAGCUCAGACCCAGCAGGCAGCAGCACAUGGUGUGGAGAAUGGAUGCCAAGCAGCUGGCACAUUCCAACAAGAGACUGGCAGGAGGCGGCUGCGACUGAAUAGGGCAGAGCGCCUUGAAGAGGAUCAUAUCAAAUCUGACACGUCAAUAGGAAGAUUACCUGAAAAGGCCAAGCCAACACAACAUUCCCAUGGUGUCUGGCCGAGCAGAGCCCUGAGGGGAGAGAAGUCAGAGAAGUGUAUGAGGGCAGAAAAGGCCUUGAAGGAGGCCAGCCGCAUGCUGGAGAAGGCUUCCAAGAAGAACGCUAGGCCAGAAACGCCAGAGAAUCUGCUGGAUGGGCCUGGUAAGGCCGUCAGGGGAAUGGCAGGGAACAACACCCAGGAAGUAAUCGUUUGACCGCCACAGCCUCUUACUACAUACAAAGAAUCUGAUGUCAGUACAGCAGCAAGCCAGUGACAUUGCCAAGAGCCCUGUAUGUACAGUACAACACAUGAGGAACAAGGAUUACAGAUCGGACCAAAGACUUUAAAAUAUGAUGCUAGCAAUACAAUGUUAAAUGUCAACAUGGUUUCAAAAAUAUAUGUACUGAAGAGCUUGUGAAAUUUAGAUAUUAGAUUUGACAUAGGCUAUUCAACAUCAUAUUUCUAAUGUGACAUUUACAGUAUCUCACAAAAGUGAGUACACCCCUCACAUUUUUGCAAAUAUUUGAGUAUAUAUUUUCUGAAGAAAUUACA